AAGUGAGGUCGAGCGAGUCCCGGGUUGGACCAGCCGCAGCCACCACCCUACCCCAUACCACCACUACCACCGACUUUCUGGGCCGGGAAGACGAGCGGAGUCGCCGGAAGCGGAAGUGGCUGGGGGGUGUUGGGGGUGUGGUGAGGGCUCAGUCCGGGUUCGCUUCCCGCGUCUGAGGUUCGAGGCUCCGCUGGGCAGAGCAGGUAGAAAGCACCGUCUCGAGACCUCGCCAGCAGGGCCGUGGCCCCCGGGGUCGUGUCCCCGCGUGUCCCGCCAGCCCCCGAUCCCGUCCCUGCGGCGUGAGGCUCCUGUCCGCCUUCCCCACUCCGUGUCCACCCCACAGACCCCCACGCGCCAUGGGCAACACGAGCAGCGAGCGCGCCGCGCUGGAGCGGCAUGGGGGCCACAAGACGCCCCGGAGGGACAGCUCGGGGGGCGCCAAGGACGGGGACCACCGGCCCAAGAUCCUGAUGGACAGCCCCGAGGAUGCCGACCUCUUCCACGGCGAGAUCAAGGCUCCAGAAAAGGAGGAAUUCCUGGCCUGGCAGCAUGACCUGGAAGUGAACGACAAAGCCCCCGCCCAGGCCCGGCCCACGGUGUUUCGGUGGACAGGUGGCGGAAAGGAAGUAUACUUGUCUGGGUCCUUCAACAACUGGAGUAAACUGCCUCUUACAAGAAGCCACAACAACUUUGUAGCUAUCCUGGACCUGCCAGAAGGAGAGCAUCAGUACAAGUUCUUCGUGGAUGGGCAGUGGACACACGACCCUUCUGAGCCCAUCGUAACCAGCCAGCUUGGCACAGUUAACAACAUCAUCCAAGUGAAGAAAACGGACUUUGAAGUGUUUGAUGCUUUAAUGGUGGAUUCCCAAAAGUGCUCUGAUGUGUCUGAGCUGUCCAGCUCCCCGCCAGGACCCUACCAUCAGGAGCCCUACGUCUCCAAGCCGGAGGAGCGCUUCAAGGCCCCACCCAUUCUGCCGCCACACCUGCUGCAGGUCAUCCUGAACAAGGACACAGGCAUUUCUUGUGAUCCAGCCUUACUCCCUGAGCCCAACCACGUGAUGCUAAACCACCUCUACGCACUGUCCAUCAAGGAUGGCGUGAUGGUGCUUAGCGCAACCCACCGGUACAAGAAAAAGUAUGUCACCACCCUACUGUACAAGCCCAUAUGAUGGGCAAGGAGCUGGUGGUGGGCUGGGAACAGUCUGCACCACCACGCUCCACAUAUGCCGGCUUCCCCCACUGAGGGACGGACCACACAUUUCUCAUUGUGCACGCUCUCAGACAUUUCUCACCUGCCCUGUGCUCCCUGAAGGUGCAGUCUCCCAAGGCCUCCUGUUGCUGUGGGCCUUGGGGCCCCGAGAGACGAGUGAGUUGGGGGCAUGAGGCUGUGCAGCACUGGACAACAGGUGCAGUUCUGAACAUGGGGCCUCUCAACCUGCUUGCAGAGCCCCAGCUGAGUGCCAGCCACCUGCUGGCCAAGAUUCAGGAAGCAGGAGGAGAGG